AUGCCACCAACCACCACCACCACCACCACCACCAGCGGCGAACCACCCCGAUUCACAUUCGCCAAUGUCAGCAAAGACGUCUACAAUGGACUCCUUGCUUUAAUAAUCAAUCCACAAGCAACGCGAAUCACAUAUCCACUAAUCACUUGCAUCGCAUCAAUAAUCACCAAAAUCAUAAUCAACAAGAUAGCCUAUACUGAGAUCGACUACGCUACAUACCUACAACAAAUCGAUAAGGUAAAUGCAGGAGAAUUGGACUAUGCAAGCAUAUAUGGUGAUUCAGGACCAAUUGUCUACCCUGCUGGAUUCAUUACUGUGUAUCAAUACAUUCAAUGGUUAUGUGGUGAUGAUAUUAAAGAAGCUCAAUAUAUUUUUGGAUAUUGUUUUACGGCGACUGUGAUAUUGACGUCUUUUGUUUAUGCGCAAAUUUGGGAUUUGGCUCCAUGGCCAAUUUAUUUGUUUUUGGCAAGUAGGCGAUUGUUGUCGAUUUAUGUGUUGCGGUUGUUUAAUGACUGUUGGACUACUUUGUGUAUGGUAGCUGUUGUUUUGUUGUUACAACAGGCUGCUGUAUUCAAAGAGGUUGAUAAGAAGAAGAAGAAGAAGAAGAAGAAGAAGAAGGCUGUUGAUGUCGAAAAAGAGAAGAAGAAGAAGGCUGUUGAUGUCGAAAAAGAGAAGAAGAAAGAGAAAAAGAGUGGGGUGAAGAAGGAGGUGGAGAAUGAGAAAGCGGUAGUGGUACAGGAGGUGAUAAAAGGAUCAUCAUGGUUUGAUAUUAGUUUCUUGUUGACAAUCAUUGCUUCCGAUUUAUACAGUAUUGCGAUAUCAAUCAAGAUGAAUGCAUUGUUAUACAUGCCUGCUUUCCUCAUCAUAACAUAUUUCCUCAACGAUGAGAACACAAUCAAGUUUGUCACUGUUGUAGCUAUAAUCCCAUUGGUUCAGGUUUUGAUUGGUUGGAGGUUUUUACUACUCAUGUUUGAUGGUGAUUUGGCACGUAAAAUUAGAUGGAAUUAUAUCACACAAGCUUUCAAUUUUGGACGUCAAUUCUUAUAUAAAUGGACCGUCAAUUGGAAAUUCGUACCUGAAUCUGUCUUCACUUCGGUAUGUUUUGGUCAUGCUUUGUUAGUUCUUCAUGUUUUCAUUCUUGGGGUGUUUACAUUUACAAGGUUUCUCCAUUUCAAAAUCAUUGGUAAAUCAAUCCCACAAUUGAUAAAGGAUGCAUUCAAUCCGAAAUCUACCAUGUCUUCCCAAAACAUUUUUCUCAACAAACUCAUUGCACCACAACUCAUUUUUUACAUAAUGGCAAUCACCAAUCUCAUCGGAAUCUUGUGUUCACGAUCACUUCAUUACCAAUUUCUCGCAUGGUACGCAUGGACAUUACCUGGAUUGCUUCACUUGAAUUUCCCCGUAUAUAUUGGUGUACCCAUAUGGCUUAUUCAUGAAUGGUGUUGGAAUGUGUUUCCAGCUACUCCAUUGAGCUCAGCCGUGUUGGUGUUGUUGUUGACUAUAAUCUUGGUUUCAAGUUGGUGGGAUUUCAAAGCUUGGUUUCCGAGUCAAAGUACAUUGAAGGAAUAUGAUGAGUUUGUGAAAGGGCAGGAGCCAGAGGGGAAUCAAUUGUCCAGUAAAAAGAAUGAAUAG